AGUACGGCUGUGCGGAAGUGAAUGCGCGGGGCAAGGGUCAAACGUGAAAAUGGCUUCUCCGAAAACUGUUCCUAAAGAUGCACAGGUUAUGAUCCAAAUCCUCAAAGACAUGGGGAUAACAGAGUAUGAGCCCAGAGUUAUUAAUCAAAUGCUGGAAUUUACCUACAGUAAGUAUACAUUCAACUCUCUCAGGAUAUGUGACAACUAUUAUCGAGGAUGCCAAAAUCUAUGCAACACAUGCCAAGAAGAACAUUGUGGAUGCUGACGACAUAAGACUGGCGAUCCAGUGUCGAAUGGACCAGUCCUUCACCUCCCCACCACCACGAGAUUUCCUGCUGGAUGUAGCUAGGCAGAAGAACCAGACCCCUCUGCCCUUGAUUAAGCCAUACACUGGGCCACGCCUGCCCCCUGACCGUUACUGUCUUACUGCUCCUAACUACAGGCUUAAGUCCAUACAGAAAAAGGUGUCCUCAUCUGCGGGAAGAAUAACAGUGCCUCGCCUUAGUAUAGGAGCUGUGUCCAGCAGGCCCAGCACGCCUACCCUUGGCACUCCCUCAGUGCAGUCAGUCACAACCAAAGUGGGGACGCCAGUGUCACUGUCGGGGCAGCGCUUCAGCGUUCAGAUCCCAUCCUCACAGACUGCAGCCUCCAAGUCCUCCACACCAUCCACCCCAAUGGUUCAAAAUGUCCUCAUCAACCCCUCCCUGAUCGGAUCCAAAAAGAUCCUCAUCACCACCAACAUGGUGUCACAGAACUCGGCCAGUGAAUCGCUGAAGAGGAAGCAUGAAGACGACGAUGACUAUGAUGCAUUAUGACCUCAUGGAUAAUCUGAUAAAGGAGUCAGCUAGAUGAAAUCAAGAGUGUGCUGUAAAUAUAUUAGAAGGUAGUUUUGAGGUUAGCCAGCCAGCCUACAAUUCCCCCAUCAUUGUUGUGGACAUUUAGUAAAUGUAGUGUCAUGCCUGUUUGCCACUAAUUUUUGUAUAAAAAAAUAAAAAAGUGUGAAUAAA